AUGAGUCUCUGGGUGCCCAAGCUGUUGCCAGAUCACCUCACUCGCCGUCUCCAGCGAAUCCUGCCGCCAGGGAGCCUGAUUUACCGAGUUUUGCUCGAGUUGCGAGAUGCUAAUGGAUCCCUGGGGACGGCGGGCGGGCGGGGCGGAAGCUGGGAGCCGAAGGCGGGCUGCGCUGACUCCCACCCCUGCGAGCGAGUGCUCAGCGCUGCGGCCUGCGGCACCUGCGCCACAGCGGCCGGAUCAAGGCGGCUCCGACGGUCUCCCUGGAGCGUCGGGGAAGGGGGUCCUGGCCUUGGGCCCAAGCCGGCGCUGGUUUCCGAGUUCGAACGUCCAGGCUGCGGCCUAGGGUGCUCCAUUCUGCUCAACCUGAACCAGAGGAAGAAGGAAAGGGGCGCUGCCGCUCUGGUCCGGACUUGCCGCUUCCGGCAGGGGGCGCUGCACAAGGAGGUGGUAGGAGGUGGCUCCGGAGACUCCGAGAUUCUCCCUCCAGGUCCCGGGAGACGGGAGAGGGGAGUCGGGGAGGAGGUGGAGGCCAGCGCGGGGCCUGGCCAGGGCCACACGGGCAAGGCCCUCCUCCUCUUGGGGCUGACCCCAGUCUCCGCUUCACUCCAGGAUCCUGCGCACUGCAGAACCCUGUCCCUGGUGGGCAACGUCUCCGGACUGCAUUGCAAUGCAUCUGUGGACCUCAUUGGCACCUGCUGGCCCCAGAGUCCCGCAGGGCAGCUGGUGGCGAGGCCCUGUCCUGCCUAUUUCUACGGUGUCCGCUACAAUACCACAAACAACGGCUACAGGGAGUGCCUGGCCGAUGGCAGCUGGGCCGCCCGCGUGAACUACUCCGCGUGCCAGGAGAUUCUGAAUGAGGAGAAGAAGAGCAAGGUGCACUACCACGUGGCUGUCAUCAUCAACUACCUGGGCCACUGCAUCUCCCUGGGGGCCCUCCUGGUGGCCUUUGUCCUCUUUCUGCGACUCAGGAGUAUCCGGUGCCUUCGGAACAUCAUUCACUGGAACCUCAUCUCGGCCUUCAUCCUGCGCAACGCCACGUGGUUCGUGGUCCAGCUCACCAUGAGCCCUGAGGUCCACCAGAGCAAUGUGGGCUGGUGCAGGUUGGUGACCGCUGCCUACAACUACUUCCACGUGACCAACUUCUUCUGGAUGCUGGGGGAGGGCUGCUACCUGCACACGGCCAUUGUGCUCACCUACUCCACCAACCGGCUGCAGAAGUGGAUGUUCAUCUGCAUUGGCUGGGGGGUGCCUUUCCCCAUCAUCGUGGCCUGGGCCAUUGGGAAGCUGUACUAUGACAACGAGAAGUGCUGGUUUGGCAAGAAGCCUGGGGUGUACACUGACUAUAUCUACCAGGGCCCCAUGAUCUUGGUCCUGCUGAUCAAUUUCAUCUUCCUCUUUAAUAUCGUCCGAAUCCUUAUGACCAAACUGCGGGCAUCUACUACGUCGGAGACCAUUCAGUACAGGAAGGCUGUGAAGGCCACGCUGGUGCUGCUCCCUCUGCUGGGCAUCACCUACAUGCUGUUCUUCGUGAACCCAGGGGAGGAUGAGGUCUCCCGGGUGGUCUUCAUCUACUUCAACUCCUUCCUGGAGUCCUUCCAGGGCUUCUUCGUAUCUGUGUUCUACUGCUUCCUCAACAGCGAGGUCUGCUCGGCAAUCCGGAAGAGGUGGCACCGAUGGCAGGACAAGCAUUCGAUCCGGGCCCGGGUGGCCCGUGCCAUGUCCAUCCCCACCUCCCCAACCCGGGUCAGCUUCCACAGCAUCAAGCAGAGCACGGCUGUUUGAGGGGUGGGGAAAGUGGUAUGGGCCCUCGUGACCUGAGUCUGGGGAAAAUGAUCCCCAGGCCCAACUGGCCAUCCAUCAGUUCCUGUCCCCACAACUUUUACCUGGCUCUGAGAGCCCGUGGGGAGAGCUUACUGCCAAACCCCAGCUGACCUGAGAGUUCUGGGCUUCUGAGAGUGGGUGGAGUCUAGGCCCCUGAUGGAUGGAAAUUACCAACAGCCUAGGAUGGGCCCAGGGUCCCCUUGCCCCAUCCCUUCUUCGAGAAUCAGCUGGAAAACUGGAAGCAACACACAGACCCUCCCCCCCAAGAGAGGUUUUUCCCACAGCACAAAGUGGCCUGUGGCCGGCCCUCCAGAGACCUGGGGUUGUCCUCAAAAACGGAGGGGCAGGGGUGGGGGGAGAGGCCAUUUGCUGUCCCAGUGGCUCAUGGGAAACUCAUGGCAGCCUCUGGGAACCAAGGCUGCGGUGGCAAGAACCCUGGUGAUAUCACGAGGUAGGAGGUGACGUCCCCAGAACCCAGCACUCCCAUCCCACCAAGACUCAUCUGGACAGCAACUGGCUCCCAGAAGCAUCCUGCCUCGCUGCCUGACACUCUGGAGCCUGGGCGCCCCUCACGCUACCCCAGCUCUCCCCACCCACCCCCUAGGAGUUUGCCCUCUAUGAGGAGAUGGGGAGGGGUCAGGCUACACCCCCACCCUAAGCCAGUCUCCCUGUGAGGUGGGCAAUGGACGCCUGGGUGCCCUCACUGGCUCUGGGAGCAGCACUAACUGGGCACAGCGAGUAGAGGCGCCGAGAGCCUCAGAGACAGGACCAGUGCCCUCCUUGCCCAAGUGCCUAGAGCCAGCCCACAAGCCCCCACUCCCAGGGCCCUGGACAACCAGGGCCGGGGUCCCUGCAGGGGCCUGGGACAGAUGGCUAAUGUAAAUGAUAUUUAUCUUUUCAACCAGCUUUUGUGAAGGCCUGACUAAGCCCAGGACUGGGUGGAGAGGGGCCUCAGAGAGGCUCAGGCCACUUGUCACCCUCCAGGGGCUCUGAGAAACCAGAUACCACCCACGCCCACAGAGAGUGGAAUGCUAGGUGAGCCCCCAGGGGUGUGAGUGAAGGGGCCAGCGGGAGGGCCUGCGUCUGGCCAGGGCCCAUCUAGCUCCUGGUAAGGAGGGAGUCUCGGCCCUGGACUAGUGACUAAAGGGACAGACAGCCUGAGUCAAGGGAUGCAGUGAGGCCCAAUGGAGCCAUUCCAGGGGCAGGCCACAGAGUCGGGGAGGGGAAGCCCUGCAUGUGUCCCCCGUGUGUUCCCCAGACGAGGUGGGCCUGGAGCAAUAUGUCCACUAUACACUCAGGAGAGAGGGGCUCCGGGAGCAGGUGGGCAGUGGGGUCUGGAGAGUGAGGUGGGCGUGCUAGCAGACCCCACUUCAGCUGGAGCAGAGGAAGAUAUGAGGGUGGACCUUGGCCACCGGGGGUUGGGGGAAGGGAGAGGAGCCCAAUAAAGGGUCCUGGCUGACAGGAGGGGCCAGGAGGGACCACCUAACCUUGAAUGACCACAGUUGAGACAGCUUUCUCAACUCUGUCUUGGACUGUGGGAGAAGUGAGUAUGCCAGGUUUUCCCUGGCUGUGUGUGUGUGUCAUGUAUGUGUGUGUGUGUGUGUGUGAGAGCUAUGUGUGUGUGUGUAUGGUGUG